UGAUUUGUUGGAGUUGUCGCCGCUUGCAGUGGAUAACGCAGCGUCAUCGUCACGUGGUCUCUGCAAAAAGACGACAAAAGAAAGAUGGCUGCCACUGUGCUAGCUACACCUUUACCCCUUCUUGCUUCUACUUUGGGAUUUUGAAGCAAAGCUGCCAUGGCGAAGCAAAGAAGGCAAAAGACUUCAGUGCAAGAUGCCCUGGAGCACAUAGUGGCUUGUAGAGACAAACCCUUUCUGGAGCAAAGGUUUAUUGACUCCUUUAAAGGGAGAGGGGUGUUCACCCACAAAGCCAUUGAACCAUCCAUGUUUGUUGUUGAAUAUCGGGGGAACAUCUUUUCUCACAAAGACACAACGCCUAAGAAGAAAUGUGCCGAUUAUCUGAACAAUUAUUUGUUUGAGUUUUCAUGGAAAGGAGCAGAGUGGUGUGUUGAUGCCUCAAAAGAGGAUGGGACUCUUGGACGGCUCGUGAAUGACGAUCACAUAAGUCCCAACUGUGAAAUAAAGAACAUUGUCUGUGAGGGAAAACCCCACAUGUGCCUGUUUGCAGUGACGGAAAUAUCUCCAGGAGAGGAGAUAACUUACAACUAUGGGGACUCAUCUUACCCGUGGCGCUCAAAGACGUCCUAUGAUGGCUCGAGUACUUCAUACUCAGACUUUUGUGCUACUUCAUCAACACCAAGGAAUGAAAGGCUUGAAGACUCGUCAGCUUCCAUCUUUGAAAAUUCCUGCCCUGAUGAUGAUGACAACAAACUACCUGAUAGUGGACCAAGUCGUGGCAAUGACGAUUUGACCAACCUGAACAGUCAGCUGGAUUUUAUGGACAAGUCACCUUUUGCAGAUCUAGACUCUUCUCAAGAGAUGAUGGGGGCCUUUACGCUACAACCAAACGUUGCUUCAUGCACACAGCAGGAAGACGAGGCUUCAUUCAAGACUUAUGAACUCUGCUGGGAUGGAGACUACGGACCCAGCAAAGCUAUGCCAAACUCCAAGUACCCUUCUUGCACCAUUAAAAAUUAUUGUUAUGUUUGCAGUAAAGGCUAUACUAAAAUUUCUCGUCAUCUCCUAAAGCAUGCUGAUGAAGAGCCUGAUAUUGCUGAAGCUUUGGCAUUACCCAUAACCUCAAAGGAUCGAAAAAGGUUAUUUGAAGAAUUACGUAACAGGGGAAAUUACCAACAUAAUCAAGAGGUGUUGAAGAAAAACUGUGGAGAGUUAAAACUGAAAAGACGACCGACCACCUUGUUGGUCAGUCCUACAACACAUGUGCACUGUCUUCAUUGCAAAGGCAUGUUUUUACGUACGGAGUUGUGGAGGCACAUGGCCAGAUGUCCUUCUAGGACAACGUCAAUCUCUGCAACAGGCGGCAGGACAAAAGUCUUAAGUGAGAUUGUUCUUGCAGAGUCACCAUUCUCCAAAGCACUUCCAUCUGAUGUGUGGAAGAUGCUCACAACUAUGAGACCAGAUGAGAUUGCAUUUAUAAUUGUAAAUGAUUUCCUUCUAAUACAACUGGCAGAGUAUCUGUCCAAGAAGUAUCAAAAUAAUCUAAGAAAAGACGAUUACAUCAGACAGAAGCUGCGAGAAAUGGGAAGACUUUUGUUGGCACUGCAUGAAAAGUCGAUAUUUAGCUUUGAAGAUGCUAUCAAACCCAAAAACUUUUACAAAGUUGUUGAGGUUGUCAAGGACAUCACUGGUUUCGAUGUAAAGAUGCAGAGCUAUAACACACCAAGUCUUGCUUUGAAAUUAGGACAUUUACUGAAAACAAUAUGCACCUCUGUCCUCACGAGAGUUGAUGGCAAUGAGCAGAUGAUGAGAGACACAAAGACUUUCAUGAAACUGUGUGAAAAAGAAUGGUCUGAACUAGUCCCCCAAACAGCCCUCGCUUUGUUGAGUGGACGAAAACUAAACACGUCUCCCAUACCAUUCACACGUGAUGUGCAGAUGUUCUACAGCUACCUAGAAACAACAUCAGCUUCUGCCAUUGAAAGCAUGGAGAAGUAUGAAAGCCCUCAGGUCUACAAUGCUCUUUGUAGAGUGACACUUGCACAAGCAUCAGUCUUAAGCGAAUGUGCACCUGAGAUUUCAAAAAUGACACUGAAGACAUUCCAGGAGAGGGACGACUCUGCCCAAGUGUUGUCCAAGCACUUCAUCAGGAUGAAUACUCUGAGCAGAUCUAGCCAAAACGUUGCUGUCUUGUUGACCUCUGAACUUGUUAGUGCAAUAACUGUGCUUGUGAGCAAGAGAAAAUCAUGUGACAUACACAAAGACAAUCCUUUCUUGUUUGCAAAGCCUAAUUCUUCUCCUACAAGCCACUACCAAGGAAAGAGCUGUGUCAGGGCUUUUUCAAGUCUGUGUGGUGCAAAGAACCCAGAGCAUCUCAUGUCAGUGCAUCGUCACAAACAUCUUGCACGAGUCUUCCAGAUUCUCAACCUGGAGAGCGACGAGCUUGAGCACCUCGCUAAACUGUUGGGCCAUGACAUCCGAUCUGACAGGGACUAUUAUCGGCUGCCAGAGGCAGCUGUGGAACUUGCAAAAAUAGCCAAACUUCUUCUGGCAAUGGAAAAGGGUUCUCUUGGAAGAUUCAAAGGAAACUCUCUGGAUGAAAUUGAGAUUGAGGAUGAAUUGGAGCAGAAUGACCCUGAAAGUGAUGCUGCUGAAGAGGACAAAGAGGAAUCAGAUGUGAUCCUUCAGCAGAGGGAUGAUGUGGAACAACAAGAUGGGCAACUGACAGCUGAGCAAGAUGCCCUGGAGCACAUAAAGACUUGCAGAGAUAAACUCUUCCUGGAUGAAAGGUUUAUUGACCACUUUAAAGGGAGGUGUGUGUUUACUCAUGAAUCCAUUGAACCAUCCACAUUCGUUGUUGAGUAUCGGGGAAACAUCUUCUCUCGCAAAGUAACCAGGACAGAAAGGUCUGGUCAAACUUUGAACAAUUAUUUGUUUGACUUCUCAUGGAAUGGAACAAACUGGCGCAUUGAUGCCUCAAAAGAGGAUGGGACCCUCGGGAGACUCGUGAAUGACAAUCACAUAAGUCCCAACUGUGAAAUAAGGACAAUUGUCUGUGAGGGAAAACCCCACAUGUGCCUGUUUGCAGUGACGGAAAUAUCUCCAGGAGAGGAGAUAACUUACAACUAUGGGGACUCAUCUUACCCGUGGCGCUCAAAGGCAUCCGGUGAAGAACAGAGUACAUCACAAACGGAUCUAAAUGCUGCUGCGUCUUCAUCAGAGGAUGCUGAGGACUCAGAUGGACCCUCCACUUCUGCAGCAUCCUGCUGUGAUGAAGACUAUGUGCCUUCUUCCAGCAACAACAGCCAGCAGGGUCAGAAUUUCCCAGAGUCAGAGCAGGAGGAUGAGACUGAUUACAGCACUGAUGAUUUCACCUCUGAUGAAGAGCCCAACAGAAAUUAUUGUUACGUUUGCGGGAAAGCUCAGACUAAAAUUACUCGCCACCUUUUUACCCAUAGAAAGGAAGAGCCUGACAUAGCUAAAGUGUUUAGACUACGCCUACACUCUAAUGAACGAAAAGUGCUACUGGAAAAGUUACGAAGCAGAGGAAAUAACAAACAUAAUCAAGAGGUUUUAAAGACUCGCCCUGGAGAACUGAAAGUGAAAAGAAAACCAAAAGUGCCCACCACUGCUCAAACAUUUGCAUCCUGUCUGUAUUGUAAAAACAUGUACAUUCGUAAGAUCAUGUGGCGACAUGUGCAAAAUUGUUCUGCAAAGAAGUUCUCAGAACCUCAACCACGUAGAAAAAAUAGAAUGUUAACUGUGGUUGCUGCUGCAGAGUCAACAAGCACCCAACACGUCUCAUCAGAUGUGAGGAAGAUGUUAAACACACUGAAGAAUGAUAAGAUUUCAUCUGAAGUCUGGAAUGAUUCCUUUAUACUGCAGCUGGCACAGAGUUUCUACUCUAAGAAGAAAAGGAAAACAAAACAAUUGGAUUAUGUCAAACUGAGGCUGAGGCAAAUGGGACGACUCCUGCUAACAUUAAAGACAAAGUCGAUUUGUAGCUUUAAAGAAGCUAUCAAACCCCAAAACUUCAGCAAAGUUGUUGAAGCUGUGAGAAAGCUCAGUGGCUUCAAUGAAGAGACAAAGUCCUGUGAUACACCAAGUCUUAUGAAGAAUUUGGGAAAGUCGCUGAAGAGAAUUGGUGACAUUAACUUUGCCAGAGCUUGGACAGAUGAUGCUGAUAGAGAGACGAUCCAGGAUGCAAAGACAUUCAUGCACUUGUGUGACAAAGAAUGGGGCUUUGUCACUUUAAAAAAAACAAAAGUAAACAACACGACAACCAUACCGUUCAUACAUGACGUGCAGCUUUUCUAUCGGUGCAUGGAGAAGACCGCAGCUUCUGCAGUAAAAAGUCUAACAAUGUACCAAAGCUCUCCGGUUUACACUGCGCUUCUUACAGUGACAGUUGCACAAAUGUCAGUCUUAAACAAAAAUAUGGCUGAAGUUUCAAAAGUGACGCUCAAGUCAUUCAAGGAACGGGACGAGACCGAGCUCCAUGAAGGCGCUGCUGUUGGCCAGUCACAGUUUGAACAAAUUAUGUCCAAGCACACUGUGAAGAUCAACGUUAUGAGCAAAAGGGGCCAAAAGGUUGCUGUUACAUUGACCCCUAAAGUGCUCACAGCAUUAACACUGCUUGUGUACAAGAGAGAAGCAUGUGGUGUACAUGUAAACAAUCCCUUCUUAUUUGCAAGAUCUGAUGCAAGCCGUACAGGCUUCCACCGGGGACACCGGUGCGUCACCACUUUCGUAGCUCGUAGUGGUGUAAAGAACACGGCGAACUUCCGGUUUGUGUUUUUUCAUAAACUCAUUGCAACAGUUUUCCAGAUUGUCAGCCUCACGAAUGACGAGCUUGAUCAGCUAGCCAAACUGUUGGGCCGUGACAUUCAGACCAACAGAGAGUAUUAUCAGACGCCAGAGGCAGCUGUUGACAUUGUAAAGAUCUCAGAGCUACUAUCAGCAAUGGAGAAUGGAUCUCUUGAAAGAUUUGAAGGGAAAUCUCUCGAGGAAAUUGAGAUUCCAGAUGAAUUGGUGAUGGAUGUGGAUCAGGACAACCCCAAAAGCAUUGAUGCUGAGGAGGACAAUGAAUCAGAAAGUUCUCUUCUGCUGAGUGGUUUUCCAUUCACAAAAGGCUCUUUUUCAGGAACCAAAAAACCUCGCAGAGUUCCUUUCUCGAGGAAAUGUAGCCGAGGUCGGAGAAAGAGGUACGAGAGUGAAAAUGAGUCCUCUGAGCCGAAUGAUGAGGUGAACACAGAGAAGAUGCCUGUGAGCAACACACCUGAGAAAACAAGCAAUGAGGACGCCACAAACAUUUCUUUCAGUGAUGGUGAUGACGACAUGAAUGUCGACUUUGACACCGAUGAGGACAUUGUCAGAAAUGAGGAAGAUGAUGAAGUUGGUGACACAACGCCUUUGAUACCACAUGUGACACAGCAGGACAAUGACAGCACUAAGAAGAACGACCGCUCACUUAACAAGGUCACCACUGUUGCAGACCUUGAAGAGACCAUGGACAUCGAUACAAUGAGCAAUGUGGAUGUGGAUAGCAAGAGUUCCUCUGACUUCUUAAAUACAGAAAAGAAGAACAGAUUUUUAGCUGCACUCGCUGGAAUGAAAGAAUUGAAGAUAAUAAUCCCAAAACUGGACAUUGAGAAGUUUCAGGUUUCAGUCCACAUUUCCCAGUUACCAUCUGAGUGUAACUUUGUCAACUCGCAAGUGAAAGCUCCGUCCAUCCAUGAGGACAACAACCCGUGUCAAACAUCCUCUACAUCCACAGACGUCAAAGGCGACCCAAGCUAUACAAAGGCGACACAAAUGAACUGCUCCCACUGCAAGAAGAUCAUGAUGAAGGGCCAUACAGCUUACCAGAAGAAGGGAUUCACAGACAUCUUCUGCUCCAAAAACUGCCUUUUCGAAUUGUUUCCUAUCAACAAACCAGUCACCAAGACGUGUCACUACUGCCUAAAGUUGAUAUCGCAGCCUUUGGACCUCAUCAUGGCUGCAGUGGACAUUAAAGGAACCAUGAAGGACUUCUGCAGUCCGGCAUGCCUUGUUUCUUUUAAGUCCAACACUGUGUCCAACCAAACACCACAGCAGCUCUGCAGCAUGUGCAAAGAAUCCUGCCCUACCACAUGCGAGUUGACCCUGAACAAGGCUGUCUACACGUUCUGCAGCGACUCCUGCUUGGAAGAUUUCCUCAGGGACAGCAAGGCCGUCUGUGAGAACUGCAGCUGCACCUCGCGCAACAAACCGCUGAAGCUGCAGGUGGAGGAAGGGACCAAAACCAUCUGCAGUCAGACAUGUCUGGAACAGUUUAAAGAGAAAAUUCAGAAGCCCCACCAAUGCACCAUGUGCCACGCUUCUCGACUGACGUCCGACAUGUUUGAUUACAAAAGCAACGAGAACGUGGUGGAGCUCUUCUGUACCCGCACCUGUGUGAAGUCAUACAAUCUACGGGCCGCAAUUGUACUCAAGCGUCAAGGAAAGAAAAGCUCAGGUGGGUUGAAGAAGACUAAUAGUGACAAGCUAUCGGAACAAAUACUGAACGAUGUACACACCAGCACAAACUCCACUGUGAGCGAAAACGAUGCAUCUGCAGCUGAGUCGGAAGCCACAACGGCACUCAUCAUUGCAAUGUCAUGCACUGCCUGUUGCAAUUGUGAAAAGACACUGCAGAAAGGAGAGACGCUUUACCAGCCAAAGGGUUCAAAGGAGGUUUUUUGCUCAGCCGACUGCCUCUUUGAAAGGCAUCCACACAUCAAACUAGUCACCAAAAAGUGCUACAAUUGCUUCCAGGUGAUAAUGCGGCCUCACAACAUGAUCUUGGCUCCGGUGGAUGAUUUGGGAACUAUGAAGGAAUUGUGCAGCGACACCUGCCUCACUUCUGUCAACUCCAAGAGGAUCGCGGCGGCAUCCAAAGCUGCACCUCUGACAGGACCGAGGUUUGAGUGCAGGAUGUGCGCCAAAUUUAGCAAUUGCAAAUUCAAGAUGACCCUGGAUGGCGGGAACUAUAGAUUUUGUGGCGACGCCUGCUUCCUCAACUACCACAGAAUCAACAACUUGCCGGUGUCCACUUGUGACGUCUGCGGCUCCGUCAGCCUCAACAAACGGUUCAUGGUGAAGGCAGAGGACGGCAGUAAAACCAUCUGCAGUGAAGAAUGCCUGGUCAAGUUCAAAGAGAAAAUUGAGACACCUCAGCUGUGCCCCAUGUGCCAGACGCCCCAUCAGUUGUCAGACAUGGUUGAAAAUAUAAACAAUGAGGGCAGUUUGGACUUCUUCUGUAGCAACAGAUGUAUGAUGGUACACAAGGCUCAGUCUUCCAUCGUGUCAGGAAGGAACAGCCCGUCAACUGAAGAGAAUGACAUUAAAGAAGUGAAGCCAUCGCUAUCAAAUUUGGACUUUAUAAAAAAAGAGCCCGUUGAUGAGGAGUACAUCCGGAAUUUCCCAUCCUCCAUUUCUACAGAACACAUCAAGGAUGAGCCUAAGGCAGGAGAUGAUGUGGCUAAGGGGGACUUGAAGAUCGAUUCAGUUUUCUCCUUGACGGGAGACUCGUCUUCGACCACAUCUACAGCGCUCGCUCUCGCCCACAUGGAUUUGACUGCGUCUUGCUCCAACUGCAAACAUGUCCUGAUGGACAGAGAGACUGUUUACCAGAGGAAAGGCUACGCUGACAUCUUCUGCUCCACUCCCUGCCUUUUGAAAUGUUACCAAAUGAAACCAGUCAAGAAUACCUGCCACUUCUGUCUUCAGGGGAUAACGCAGCCUCAGGACGUCCUCCAGGCUCCGGUGGAUGAUGAGGGAACAAUGAAGGAUUUCUGCAGCCAGGCCUGCCUGUCCUCCUUCAACUACAAAAAAAUCACGUUGACCAAAGUUCCCCUGGUGCCGGUCGGGUCUCAGUCACAAUGCAGCAUGUGCAGCAGAUACUGCAUCAGCAAACAUGAGAUCAUUCACCAGGAUGUUGUCCACAAGGUCUGCAGCAAUCCCUGUUUUCUCCGCUUCUGCAACAUGAUCAACUUGUCCAUCUGUGAGAACUGUCACACCCGCUGCGACACAUCGCUCAUGCUCAAGAUGGACGACGACAGCAUAAAACUCUGCAAUGCAGAGUGUCUCGCCCAAUUCAAACGGAAAAUCAAAAUGCCGCAGCUGUGCACCAUGUGCCGCUCCUCCCAUUUAAUGUCCGAUAUGUUAGAAAACAAAAACAGCGAGGACCUGGUGGAGCUCUUCUGCACCAGCAGUUGUGUGAUGGCAUCCAAGAUCCAGGCUGUCAGUGCAGCAGGUACUCCAUUGAAUUGUGACCACUGUGGGAAGACUACAUUACCAGCCUGUCACCUCGCCAUGGCAGAUGCCUCCAUCAGAAACUUUUGCACUCUAACCUGUGCCAUGUGUUUUAAGAUGUCCCAGAAAGACAUGAAUGCUGCCACCACCUCAACAGGAGCCGCUGACCCAUGUGACUUCCUCAAACCACCAGAGAAACUGCCAUGCGCCCAUUGUCGGCGCAUCAUUAAAACUACACCAAAAGUCAUCCAGAAAAAGGGCAAAAUUAAUUUUGUGUGUAGCAUGGCUUGUUCUCAAGAGUUUAAGAUUGUCAACAACAUCAUGGGCAAGUGUGAAUACUGUAAGGUAGAAAGGAUCAUCAGACACGUCAACAAGGUCGACGGCAAAGACUGCUACUUCUGCAGCGACGGCUGCAAGAUGGUUUUUCAACACGAUCUGGGAAAGAAGUGGGGCGAACACUGUCGCUUGUGUGCUUACUGCUUCUCCAUCUCUAAGACGGUGGUGACAGCAAAGUAUGAAGGCACUGACAAGGAGUUCUGCUCUGAAGACUGCAGCUCAAGCUACAAUAUGCUCCACUGUUGUGUUGCCAAGUGUGACACCUGUGGUCUCAUGGGUAAACUGAGGCAGAGUCUCCCCAUGCUGGGAGAAGUCAAACACUUCUGUGACCUGAGAUGUCUGCUACAUUUCUGCAAUAAAAAGGUCAAGAUAGUCAGCAUGGUCUCUUCAGACACAGUGGAGUCCUCCCCCAUCAUCGCUAACCUUAUCUCGCUAGCUAGCACUCUGGCUAGGCAGCCCAGUGUCUCUGAAAGCUCUACACAGCAUGUGUCUGUCCCUGAUAUUCAAACAAAGGUUGUUGGACAUGCCAGUAGUCAAACAGUCCCCAAGGAGCUGAAGAACAAGUCCAUGCUCUGCACACCGCUGGUCCACAACAAAGGAGUCUCCUGUACGACACAGACUGUCGACACAGAGGCGCAGACGGACAACUUUGUACCCAAAGUCAUAGUCCUGCCCGUCCCAGUGCCGAUAUACGUUCCUCUGCCUAUGAACAUGUACAGCCAGUACACACCGCAGCCUGUGUGCCUGCCCAUACCGCUGCCCGUGCCCGUGUUUCUUCCCAACCCAACCGUGAUAUCCAUGAAGGAGAGGAUCCAGCCCGACCUGCUGGAGGGAGAGCUCCACUUCAAGUCUGAGAUGGAACACACCAGAAACUGUAGCGUUAUCUUGGAUUCAGAUCAUCAGGCCACUUUCAACAAGCAGGAGGACUCCUCAGUCCUCAGUCGACCACACACCCACGAACACCCCCCUCUGGUUUUAGAGGUGGGCAUGGCCGAUGAGCCUCAACUUGAGCUCCCACCUGCUUCUCCUUCUCCUCCCCUGGAGAUGAGAGGGGAUCCCCAGAGCUCACUGAGCCCUGCAACGGCCCCUCCGCUAUCACAACAACCUGUAGGGAAAGUCCACAACAAGAACAAGGGUCGUAAACUGCGACAGUCGUCCAAAGCAGCUAAAGUGGAGGCUUCUCAAAGAGAAACGGUCGUGUUGAGGAAGCACAAACUGAAAACUCAACGUGGAAUUGACGCCUGGAAGAGAUGGAUCCAGUGGAGGGAAUCACAAACCAACCUGGACCUCGCUUCUUCUUGUUCUGUGACGUUAAACAAAGAUGUUCUUCGCUGCUCCGCGACCGAGCUGAGCGGAGGCCUCUGUUGUUUCAUCACUGAGGUGAAGCGACCUGAUGGAGCGCCGUACCCCCCCGACGGCCUGUUCUACCUGUGUCUCAGCAUUCAACAGUUCCUGUUUGUGAACGGUCGUAUGGAGAACAUAUUCAGUGAUCUGAUCUACAACAAGUUUGCCACAAAGUUCACCAAGAUCCUGAAAAGUUUCAAACCCUCAGUCGCAGCCAGCGGUUAUAUCCACUCCCGUGUGAAGGAGGAGUUUCUGUGGGACUGUAAACAGUUGGGGGCGUACUCCCCCAUCGUCCUCCUCAACACUCUGCUCUUCUUCUGCUGCAAGUACUUUGGCUUCACCACGGUGGAGCAGCACCGCCAGCUGUCCUUCGCUCACGUCAUGCGCUGCACCAAAACCAACCAGAACAACACCAAGACCACCUUCCUGCGCUUCUACCCCCCAAUAUCCAUAAACGAGGCAGAGCCAGACGGCGUCCCGGCUAAGAAACGCAAGAAACCGAGUAAAGACGACAUCGUGGAGAUGAUGGAGAACACAGAGAACCCCCUCCGCUGUCCCGUCAGACUCUACGAGUUCUACCUCUCCAAGUGCUCAGAGUCGGUGAGGCAGCGCAGCACAGCGUUCUACCUUCACCCAGAGGGCUGUUGUGUUCCCAACAGCCCUCUGUGGUUCUCCUCCACGCCCCUGGACGACAGCACCAUGGAGGCCAUGCUCGUACGAAUACUCACCGUUCGAGAGCUGCAGGGGUGAGAUGAAUGAGGUACGGACCAGCAGAAGUCAGGUGACACGCCGCUUAUAUCGAACGAGGAGGAUUCAGAAUGAUGGAGGGCAGUUGGAGCA